AUGAAAAGUCUUAUAAGCUUUCUAGCCCUUAUAUGACUGGCUAUGGGUGAUCCUACAAGAACUGCUAAAGAUGGAUACUUAGAUCCUGGAAAAAUCAGAUGGUGGAAAGACAGUUGGGCUCCUAAUCCUAUUGAGCUCUCUCAAACCAACUCUGGGACUUCCAGUGUCACUGUCAAUAUCAAUUUUAGACCUCAAACAUCUUUACCAACAACAGGAAAUAUGGGGUUUGUUAUUGUGACUGUACCAUCAGCUUUUUCAAGCACAACAACUUAUACUUCUGGCUCUAUGGCAAUAAAGGCAAAUACUGAUACUUCGUAUUCUUUUACUUUGGGAACAGCUUUACCUUCUGCUGGAGUCUAUGGGCCUUUCCAAAUUGUGACUAAAACUUUAUCAGGUGGUCAAAUCUACGACGCAAACUACGUUUUUGGUUGUGUCGCAGUUUCAGCCUCUGUUUCUUCAGCUUCUGCGAAUUCUUUGACAGUAGCCACGGUCACUUUGACCUCUUCUACAGCCUAUGUUGGCUCUUCAGAUGGACUUACCUUUACUUUUACAAUUCCUGCUGGCACUAAUCUUUGGAAACACGACAUUUUUGAAAUCGUCCCUGACACCCACUGGACAAUUCCUUCAAGCCCAACUUGUGCUUCUGUCGACAUUUCAGGUACUACUAACAAUAUCAAAGGUCCUAAAGGAGACAAUAGCCUACCUUGUGCUAUUGCAGCUAGUGGACUUGCUAAUGGAGGAUAUAACACUGCUAAAUCAACUGCAACUCCUGCUACAAACAGUAUUUAUAUAUAUGGGCUUUCUCAAGAUGUGCUUAUAACAUCAAGUUAUCAGAUCAAGCUUCAAGUUUCCAGCUUUACUCUUCCUCUCUCAGCUGUUUCAACUUCAAAUUUCAGCUGGAAUCUAAAAAUAUGGAGGUGGGGAACUACCAACCUUCUUGCUCAAUAUGCUGGAACUGGGCCAUUGACUCCAGUCGCGGGUGCCGUAACAAUUAGCUCAUGGGUUCCUUAUAACACCAAUAUAGCUUCAACUGACAUCCCAAAUAGCAGCUCAAACAGUUUUUACUUGUUUACUAAACUCACUUUUUCAGCAGCCCACGCAAUUACAUAUGGGACAAUCGUCAUUACCUUUAAUAGCUACGCAGAUAUUUCUUCUGGGUAUUGGUGGCAAGAUCAUGCUGACACAUCCGAUGAUACUAGAGCAAAUUGCUAUCUGAAUACCUACGUAAAAGGUAUUAAAUGCAGCGUCGCUAGCACAAAGGCAACUAUAACUAUAGCAGACAAAGUUACUUUGGCUGCGAAUACAGCUAUCUCAAUCACAUUAUUGACCAAACUUACCUCAGGAGCUGCAAUUAGCUCAAUAAUAACUACUGAUUCAACUACCUCUGCGAAUAUUGAUCAAAUUACUUCUACAACCUCUUGGUCAUUUAACACUGCAGCUUCUACUUAUGUGCCUAUGACUAGUUUCCAAUUCUUUGCAACUGCUACAAAUUCCAUACCUUCUGGCGGAACACUCACUUUAGGGGAACAAAAAGGAGGAUAUACUGGAUCCCAAUAUUUAAUGUGGUAUAUGACCCCAAAAAACGACUGGUCUGCAACCACCACAUUAAAAGUCGGUUUACCAUUUUCUUCUACAGGGGUGCAGCUACUUUCAUCCUAUAUUACGACUGGCGCCACAUAUAAAGAAAAAAUACUUCAAAGCUCAGAUUAUUCUGGAAGCGCUGUAGCACUUGGAACGGCUGUAAACACGCCAACUCUCACUGCUGGAACUCCAGGAUCUAUUUCGAUUGCAUUUAUGGCAAGCGGAUUCCCUACAACAGGAGGUAAGAACAUGUUUGCUUUUUCAUAUGGGGAUAACUCAGCUGCUAGUUAUCAAAAUGCGCUGCCAUUUGUAGCAUCAAAUGUGGCUACUUUCUAUGAGUGUUGGGCUAAGACUUCAUCUACAACAAAUGGAGCAGUAACUGAAUUCUCUAACUAUGUUUUCUCAGUAAUAACAUCACAAGCUGAUUCUGCAUUAAAAGUUGCUUCACUGUGCAAAGACAAUUAUGCUGGAAUUCCAAUUGCUGUAGUUUUCCAUGCUUUGAAUCUUAAAUUUAAUUUCGGAGACACAAGUAACCUAUAUUAUCUAGAUGUAGAAUUUAACUCUUUAGGAUCAAGCAAUUUAGGGACUGGGGCAUCUGGUAAAGAAACAAUCCCUGUAGCUAGUGCAGCAACUGGAGCGACAGCCAGUCUUAACCCAACAUCAAAAACAGUGACUAUCUCUGGACUUGGAUCUGUUGACGCGGACACUACAGUUACCGUUUAUCUACCUUAUGGAGGAGACAUUACUACAAGCUAUACUACAACUCAAACUUUCUAUUAUCUUGUGGCUGGAGCUGACCCAGAUAAUAAAAUGGUUCUAUAUACUGGAACAGGAGGAACUACCUUUACUUCAACAGGUCAAGUAAAAUUUUCUGCAGGAUCAUUUACGACCCCUGGAUCUGGGACAUACACUAUUGGAGGAACUUCUGUUUCUACAACACUAAGUGUAACACCUGAUUCUUCGAUAACUUCCGAUGUAACUGCAGGCUGGAUUGGAGUUGGACUACCUGCAGGUUUUACUUCUUCAUCUACUAAGCUAAGCCUAAACUCAAAUAAUGCAGAUUUGUAUAAGGUCGCUUCAUCCAGCAGCUCAUUUAAAGGAGGAUUCUUGAUUGCACCACUUUCAGCCACUACUAAAGUUACUCAAGGAGCAGCAAACACUCUUUCAAUGGAUAGUGGCUUAACUGUUCCACCGUCUACAGGGUCAUCAGGGGCAGGAUCAGGAACGCUUACUGUAUUUAUAUCAGGCUCUACAAUAGGCAGCCAAUGCACAUGCGCAUCAAAAGCAUCCCCAAUAACAGUAACUAUCAACCCUGCAACGAUUACUGGUGAUACCUGUUCACUAGACAAACUCUACGCUCAAGGCUCAGACUCAGUCGAUUCUACCCUCACCUUAUCAUUUACAACUAUAAACCCUAUUCCUGCAGGUGGGUCAAUUACUAUUACUCUUGCUUCAAGCACCUGGACAUUGCCAUCAUCAUCUCCUAUUGUAAGCAAAUGUGAAGGAGUUGGGUUCACUGACCAAUCCACAGCUGACAAUCUCAAAGUGACAUGUGCUAUAUCAGGAACAACAGUCACUUUGACUCAAUUUUCUCAAAUUGCUGCAGGUUCAGUCAGUGUUAAGCUGUACCAUGUAAUCCUAACCUCCGCCACUGCAGGCUCACCAGCUUGCUUUACAGAUGUAACAACUUAUGAUGCAAGUAGCGAUGCUAUAGAUUCUGCAUCAGGCUUAACUAACUCUGUCACUGUAGUAGUUUCAACUGAAGCAGGCACCACAAAUACUAAUUCUUUUACUUCUAAAGCAUAUCCAAAUGUAGCUGGAGCAACCGCUGAUAUAUAUCUUACAUUUUCUUUAUCAAAAGCAGUCCCUCAGUAUGGCAUAAUAUCAAUUACUCCAGGAUUUGUCAGCUCAUUAGCCUUGACUUCUGGAGACGUCUCAAGCGCUUGUUGGACUGACCAAGACUACUAUGCUUGCACAGUUUCAGGCACUGCAAUUAGUAUACAAUUAAGCAACGCUCUUGCUGCAAACACAGCAAUGAAGGUAUACUUGGAUAUGGCUUUAGUUCUUCCUACCUCCAAUUCUACAACCACAGGCUGGACAAUUGCAUCCUCAUGGAACGGAGUUUCAAUUACAGCUGAUUCUGCUUCUGCAUCUCCAGCAACAUUCCAACAGGUAAUAGGAACUGCUGUAAGCAACGCUAUCACUUUAACCUCAAUUCUCGCUCUUCACUCACAAACUGCAGAUGAGACGACUUCUUAUAUCUUUGCUUUCUCAUCAGCUGUCGUGGUGGCUACUUCUGAUACCUUUGUAAUUGAGUUCCCUAAAGACUUUAGCCCUCUUCUUGGACUUGCCAGUGCUGUAUUCCCUGACUGCUCACCUAAUAACUAUUAUACUACUUGCAGUUCAACUGCUUUAGGAAUAGCCAGCGGAACUUAUUGCAGCGUUGACCAUUGGAAACUUACUGUCACUGGAAUCACUAAGGCAACAACUGCGGCCUCUGCUAGUAUUGAUAUUACUGUGGAUGGAAUCCAAAACCCAGUGGCAAGUACUACUGGAAAAUUCAGCUUUUACCAAUAUGGCUCAGAUGGAUCUGUUAAGGCUUAUACACAGAAAUCAGGUUCAGUGACUACUGUAAGUCUUCCAUCAACGAUGGUUUCUCUUAAAGAUGCCACAGUGGAUACUACAACUCUUUCGAAAUCAGCUACGUAUACAUUUGAUUUCUACCUAUCUUCAUCCACUACCUUUACUACAGACAAUAUCAUCUCCAUCUAUUUCCCAUCACAAUUCAACAAUAAAUUAAGAAACGGAAGCACAGUUCCUUGCAAGUCUGUCUAUUAUGAUGAAUCAUCCUCAUCUACAAGCACCACAACAAGCAAUACUUUAAGCUCUGCAACCUCAUGCUUAGUCUCAGGAAGCAAUGUCACCCUUACCUUCCCAAGCUCAUUGACCACAGCUACUGCAACAACCUCCAGAAUUCAACUCCAACUGACAGGUUUCUACAACCCUGAAUCUGCCAUCUCAAGGAGUACUCGGAUGGGACGUAUCUGACUAUUCCACUUUUAG